AUGGAUAUGGCGCCGUACAUCGGCCCACCUACCAGCAGAGCCGGAGCCCGGCAGCCGGACAUGUACGACCUCACCGGAGUCGUGCACCACAUCGGCCAAACGACCAACAAGGGGCACUACGUUGCUUUCGUCCGCCUGCCGGGACAGUGGUGGCGUCGGUACGACGACGCGAAAGUCACCGAAGUCGUCGCGAGUCAAGCAUUGACCAAGAACGCGCUCAUUCUGUCGUACACUCGCCGAUCAGGCUAG